GCAGCGUACAAGCCCCAUGCGUUUUAGCCUAUGGUUUUAGCCCCAGUAGUAAUUGGAUACUUUUAAUGCAAUGAAAUGACCAUUUUUACCAGCAUCCUCUGAUAAGACGACCACCCACUUAUCUACAAAACGUGUCAAGUAGCCGCAUAAGCACUAAAGCAAAAUAAGAUGGCACCAGGGAGAUCCAAGAUUGUGGAACACUACAUCAUGCCUGAAGACACAGAGGGAAACUUCAAAGCUGUGUGCAGACACUGCAACCGAUCAAUAGCGUGCUCGAGGAAGGCUCUCUCCAAUCUGCACGCGCAUAUAAAGAGAGUACAUCCUGCCCUCUUUGAGUCUAUGCCCAGGGUGAAGAAAUCAAGUCCAACCCAUGCUCGCCCACUACAGAGCCCCACUCUGUUAGCUAAUGCCAUAGCAGAGAACAUUGUGCCCUUAAGUCUUUUGGAGAGUCCAUCAUUCAAGAGGUUCUGUCAAACCCUGGACCCAAACCUGACAGUGCCAACUCAAGAUAAAGCCAUGGCAGACCAUGCCCCCUCUGUGGCGAUGGAGGCGGUGCUGAAGCCAAGCUCCGCCCUCCCAGAGGACAUGCCCAAGAUCCGGGGCUAUGACUUUAACCAAGGGGUGGACCACCGUGCCCUUCUGCAGUCCUACAUUACUACAGGCUUCCAGGCCAGUAGCAUGGGCCAGGCCAUCCAGGAAAUCAACAAGAUGAUUGACAAGCGUCUGGAGGCAGUGAAGGAGGAAGAGGGAAGUGAAGUCUCGUCAGAGCCUGCGUCUUCUUCCCAGUCAGGCUGCACCAUCUUUCUGGGGUACACUUCCAACCUCAUCAGCUCUGGAGUGAGGGAGUCUAUACGCUACCUGGCCCAGCACAAAAUGGUGGAUGUGAUAGUGACCACAGCUGGAGGUAUAGAGGAGGACCUCAUCAAGUGUAUGGCCCCCACCUUCCUGGGAGAGUUCAGCCUGUCAGGCAAGGAGCUGCGCCAGAGAGGCAUUAACAGAAUAGGGAACCUUCUGGUGCCCAAUGAUAACUACUGUAAGUUUGAGGACUGGCUGAUGCCCAUCCUGGACCAGAUGGUGCAGGAGCAGACAACAGAGGGUACACGCUGGACGCCCUCGAAGAUGAUCCACAGACUGGGGAAGGAGAUCAACAACCCGGAUUCUGUCUACUACUGGGCCUACAAGAAUGACAUCCCGGUGUUCAGCCCUGCUCUGACUGACGGCUCUCUAGGAGACAUGAUCUACUUCCACUCCUACAAGAACCCUGGCCUGGUGCUGGAUAUAGUGGAAGAUAUUCGCAGGUUAAACAGCAGAGCUGUGUUUGCCAAGAGCACAGGGAUGAUCAUUCUUGGAGGAGGGCUGAUAAAGCAUCAUAUUGCCAACGCAAACCUCAUGAGGAACGGAGCAGACUACGCUGUGUUUGUGAACACGGGCCAGGAGUUUGACGGUUCUGACUCUGGGGCCCGGCCUGACGAGGCAGUGUCCUGGGGGAAGAUUCGCAUGGAGGCUAAGCCCGUCAAGGUGUACGCUGAUGCCUCCAUAGUCUUCCCCUUGCUGGUAGCGGAGACGUUUGCCCUCAACGCCGACCGCCUGAUGGCCGACAGGAAAGACUGACGGAAUCUCCCCUACUUGACACACGCAGCACGUCUGGAGUUCUCUCGAUUCUCUCAAGUUUCAAUACUAUUUAUUUCAAUAUAUUUUUUUAUAGCAACAUGCAAAGCAAGAAGGAUGUCAGACCAGAAUCCAGCCCUGCACUUAAAGCAGGGCUCCAGGACCUGGUGAAAAGUGGAAGAAAGACAUAUAGUGACACUGAAGUCAAGUUUGCUGUGACACAGCACAGUAAGUGUGCGCACACACACACACACACACGCACACACACACUGUCUAUGCCCUGGGUGUACGAGGUUUGUUUAGGAUGAGCUGAGGGUUUAGCAUGGUGUACAUUACCAAAGAUGUUCACUGUAAUAAACAGUCAUGCAUGAGACAGAGCAAGCAAGUGAAUUAUCGCAACUAUUAGGCUGUUAUCUCACUCGGAUAAAAGUCAUAAUUUUAGUUUUUCUGUCUCAGUUAAAAGUUGUAUGUAUUUCACUUGAGAGAGAAAACACCUUGGUGGUGCAUGCAUCCCAUCUCUGCUUACACAGGGGUCUAAUGUGAUGAUCGUAUAACUCUGGUUUUGACAUGAUCUUCCUUCACCUGCUCUUGACCUAAAUAUGACUGAAAUAACAUGGCUGUACAUGUAAAUAAAUACAUAUACUGGGA